CAAGUACAAGCAGGCACAGAUCAGCUCAGAAUGAAAACAGACUCUUGCAGCUACAAGGAAGAUGCGGACCGAUAACAAGACUCUCACUGCAAGUCCAACAUCUGGACUGGACGCCGCAAUUACACACAUGAAGACAGCCUCUCUGGUCCUGUACUGCUUGAUUUUCAUUGUGGGGACUGUGGGCAACGGUCUGGUCAUCUACGUGACGGGCGUCAGGAUGAAGAGAACAGUCAACUCAGUUUGGUUUCUCAACUUGGCCGUGGCUGACUUCCUCUUCACGACCUUCCUGAUUUUCUUGAUUAUUUCUCACUCUCGGGGGAACCAGUGGGAUUUUGGUCUUGAAAUGUGCAAACUAAACAACUUUGUGACUGUAAUCAACAUGUUUGCCAGUGUCUUUCUCCUGACCACCAUAAGUCUGGACCGGUGCUUGUCCGUCACGGUGGCGGUGUGGGCACACAACAGGCGCACCGUCUUCAAAGCUCAGCUCAUCUGUGUUGUGAUCUGGGUGACUGCUGGGAUCUGCAGCAUCCCUUAUGCCACUUUUCGCUCCCUUUCUCAGAAUAACGUGACAACAAAGUGCGUUUAUCCUUCAAACGUGACACAGAAACAGAAAUGGAUCCUCUACACUUUUCGCUGCGUUGUGGGCUUCGUCAUCCCUUUCCUGGUGAUACUCAUCUCUCACGUGGCCAUAGGUGUUCGUGCAAGCCGAAUACAGAGGAUUAAGAAAUCGAAGUCUCGAAGGAUCAUUUUCUCUGUCAUUUUUGCCUUCUUCAUCUGCUGGUUGCCAGUCCAUAUUUUGAGUUUUAUAGAAUUAAAGGCCAGAUAUAACAGGGAUCUGAGGAGCAUACUUAAGAUUGGAGGUCCUGUGUCUAUGGGUCUGGCUGCUUUGAACAGCUGCCUGAACCCCAUUCUCUACGUUUUCAUGUGCGAUGAAUUCCUGAAGAAGCUCAAGCAGUCCAUAUGUCUAGUCCUGGAGAGCGCCCUUGCAGAGGACCACUUGUCUUUUGUGUCUUCUCGCUCCUUGUCGUCACACUUUUCCCGGAUUUCCCGGAAAUCAGACUCAAGUGCACCUAUGGAGAGAAAAGGCACAGAAGCUUCCCUAACCUUCACAGAAUGCAAAAUCGAGGAGACUAUGAGCACCGAAUGAAAACCUCAACAACCAAAAGGCAGUGUGCAUAAAAAUAAACCCACAUUUAAAAAAAAAAAAAAAAAACUUUUAACAUGUGUUAUUAUAAUAUUAUUUCAAAUGAAAAACUUACCAACAUGUUUUCAUUAACGGCUGAUAAGAGCUGAUUCCUGAGCUCCUGUACAACUUUCAUCUAUUUUUUACUUAUGUAAGCAGCUUUUUAUUACACACAGAAGUUACACAACAAAUUAGUCAGUAACUGAACAUGCCUGUGUGUGUGUGUGUGUGUGUGUGUGUGUGUGUAUGUGUGUGUUGCAGCUUUAAGUUGUAAAUAUGAAGUGCUUGAUGAAACAAUUAAUGUGUAAAUUGAAAGAAAAAUGUUUUAUACUUUUAUGCUGUGGCUGCAACGACACCAAAAUUGCUUAAAAGGACUUUUUUAUACACAUUUAUGUUGAUGUUUGUGAAUUUUUUUGAUGCUCCGGCUUUUUUUAUCCAUACUUAAUAUUAUAGGCUUUUCCACAGCAGCAUCAAUUAACUGUAACACCAGCUUGAACUUCACAAGAGAACUGUGCUUUUCUAAACUGAAUAAAAAUGUAUUGUUGAUGAAC